AAAGUUAUUAUAUACAUGAAAGAGAGAGGAGAAAAUGGCAGGCAGAACAAAGAAGAUGUAUUAUCUUUCUUUCUAAUACUUGUUCAUUUGACUUUGUUCUGCUACCAAUAAUCAAUAAAGUGAAUGGUUGGGGGUGGAAAUGGAGAGUGGCCUGGUGGAGGGUUUAGUCCGGGACCGAUGACUCUGAUUUCGAACUUGUUUGGAGACAACGAUGACUGUAAGACAUUCUCAGAGCUUCUCGCCGGUGCUAUGUUGGAUGUGGAGCAUGCAGGAGGAAGAGGUGGCGGUGGCUUGUCACCGAUGGCCAUGUUUAGUUCUCAACCUCAGCAAUCACUAGCACAAUCCUAUUCAAAUGUUCAAACCCAAUCUGAACAUUCAUUUUCUGCAUCAAUAGUGCCUACAAACACCUCAUCAACACAACUUCAAGCAGUUACAUUCAACAACAUUGCUCAACAACACAUACCAAACUCUAAGGAACCAAUAGCAAAAUCUCUUGAUUAUUCUUCAAACUCCGAACAAACAUCACACCAGUCUUGUUCUGUGAAUGUCGAUAAAGCUAACGACGACGGCUACAACUGGAGAAAGUAUGGACAGAAACAAGUUAAAGGUUGCGAGUUUCCUCGAAGUUAUUACAAGUGUACACAUCCGAGUUGUCCGGUGAAGAAAAAAGUCGAACGCGAUCUUGUUGAUGGACAUGUAACUCAAAUUAUUUACAAAGGAGAGCACAUUCAUGAACGUCCUCGUCCAAGCAAGCUCACAAAAGAUAAUUCAAAUGUGCAACAAGAGUUGUUAGGAGCAAGUGACAGUGACGAAGAAAAAGAGCAUGAAACUGAGAAAAAUUAUGAACCUGAUCACAAAAGAAGGAGUACUGUCUCAAAGCCUAGAAUCGUUGUGCAAACAACAAGUGAUGUGGAUCUGUUAGAGGAUGGAUAUAAAUGGCGCAAAUACGGGCAGAAGGUUGUGAAAGGAAAUCCACAUCCAAGGAGCUAUUACAAAUGCACCAGCCCGGGUUGCAAUGUUAGAAAGCAUAUUGAGAGGGUUUCAACGGAUGCUAAAGCAGUAAUGACAACAUAUGAAGGAAAACAUAAUCAUGAUGUGCCAGCAGCUAAGACUAAUAGCCACACCCUUGCAAACAAUAAUAACGCAUCACUGAUAAAAUCACAAAAUGUCAUACCUGAGUAUAGUGUUCAGCAGCAGCAGCCUUCAGCAGUGGCACGUCUAAGGUUGAAGGAAGAACAUAGAGUAUAGUGUUCAUAUUAUAUAUAAGACAGGAAGCAUGUGUCUGCAACUCACAAGUCAGCUUUUAAGGUUUGAUGUUUUUUAUACAGUAUGAGGAAAAAGUUUUGAUCCAGGACUAUAAGUCCAAUUCAUGGUAUGUGUAGAAAGUAGCAUUGGAAAUGUGUGUGAUUGGUUUAUGUAUGUAGAAAUUAGGACUUGUGGUGAAUGUUAGGAAUUUUACACACAACUUGUACUAUUUUGCAGAUCUUCUUACAUAUAACUUGUAUUAUCGUACCAAGUUACUAUUUCAAAUUGUCUUAAUUUUAAAAUAAAUCUUUGAGAGGGAAAACAUCAAAGGAUACCAACUUGAUCUUCAUAUGAAUGACUACCAGAGGAUAUUAACUUCAUAUCUCGGACUAAACAUUAAAUGAGUUGAGUUGUGUAACAUUGAUUACAUGUUAUAGUCAAAACUAAAAUUAGGGACCGGAUAACUAUUCUUCAAAGCAACUUGAUUCUUGUUGAGAAUAUAAGAAUGAGCGUGGGGAAAAUAGUCACACAGUAGAUAGAAAUGUGAUGAUUUGAGCAUUUAUAAGUGGAAAAACCCACACACUUAUAACCUUAAGGUUUUAGGUGGACAAAUGGUGUCACAUCCUCUAAGGAUUUAGGUAGUUG